AUGGACGUCGAAGACAGGCAAAGUCCAUUCGAUGUGGCGUCCGACAGGCGUGGACAGCUGGGGGUCCACCUCAGCACUGAUGAGGACAGUGAGGAAGAUGGUCCAGGCCAGCAGACCACUAAUGAUGACGAGCCAGUCCUUCCUCCUGAUUUGGAGUGGUUAGAAGAGUUGUAUGAAGAGGAGGAUGGUGAUGACAAUGGUGUUGGUGACCUUGCGGUUGCAGCCGACGAUGGUAAGAAGACGAGUUAUGCCGCGACAGCACGGAUGUUCAAGCUGAGACGAAACCUGGACCAGCUGGACUGCUUUCACCAACAGAAGGAGCAUGACGUACUGAAAGCCAGUGAAGAGCUUAAACUCUGUCGUCAGAACAUUGAGAGUUUGGUGGAGCAGAGGGAUAACUUGGAGAAAGAGAUAGAGCGACAGAAAGCAGCAAACAACAGUGUGGCGGUGUUUCGCUUGCGAGCCCAGCAUAAGCAUCUGUGUCAAAAGCUGCAGUGUGAGGAGGAGCUGGAGGGCCACAUCAAUACUGAGCUGAAGCAACAAAAACUGGAGCUGAGUGAGGUGGAGGUGGAGCUUGGCAGGUUCUCCUUGCUCAGGCAGGAGGUGCAGGAGGAGGAGCGAGUCUUCCAGGUCCUUAAGGCCCAGAAGGCAGCAACAAGGUUGCAGCAGGAGCGGAAAGCCAGCCAGAACCUGCAGCUCAAGAUGCAGCAUCUCAGGGAUAAACAGGAAGCCAUGCUGAAGAAAGAGGAGACUGAAUGUCAGAAGAAAAUUGAAGCAGUCCAGGCGAGCCACAAGUCAGCUGCCAAGCAUUUGAAAGAGACCAUUAAAAGGGUGCAGGCUGAGGAAGAGCAGCAGAGGAGGGAGUUACUGGAAAAGAGGAUACAGGCUGUCAAGUCACUGAAAUCAAACAUAGCAGCCACGCAAGAAAGCUUAAGGGUCCAACAAAGGAGAGCCAAAGCAAAUGCCCAGAAGAAAGAGCAGCAACAGAGACAACUGAGAGAAUCCCUGCAGGCCCAAGGCUUCAACAGUAUCAAGCAUAUGUACCGACAGAAACAACUAGAGGAGAUAAAACGAAAACAAGAGGAAUUCGCAGAGAUGCAGAAGUCAAAGAGAGUGGAGAUUGUGGCAAGGAUCCUCCAGGAGAAACAGCUGGUAAAGAACAGAAAGAGGAACCAAGCACUGCUGCAGAAACCCGCAAACACUGGCAUGUUCCCAUUUCUGGGGAGAGCAAGAGAGAAGCUCCUGUCUUACCUGGAUCCCAGCCCCCCGCCAGCCACUGAGGAGAGACCCACAAUACAGUUAAGAGAGUUCAGUGACAUCAGCAGCUCAUCGUCAGCUUCCUCUGAUGCUGAGGGCCCGGAGGAAACCAUGCACCAGGAGGGGGACUACCAGAGCCUUGCUGAAAGCCUGGCUCAGCCUGAGUUCUCUGGGCUGUGGGACCAGAACUGCAAGAAGCUCCUGAAUGAGAAAAGCACACUGGUGCAUGCAGAAGUACGGCAAGAAGAACCUUCAAUGGCCAGUGGAAAUUUCAACAUGCCAACUAAAAAAAUUCAUGGAAAAGAGUUGAAAGGCCCUCCAUUCAUCAGCAAACCGGAGGUCAUCCUUUUCAAGGACUUUGAAGUGGGCAAAAUGUAUAAGAAGAAAGUCAUCUUGACCAACAUCAGCUACAUCACUAACCACUGCAAGCUUCUCGGGGUCUCCGCUCAUCUCAAGAAUUUUAUCUCUAUCAACUUUGAGCCUCCUGGUUCUUUAUCUGCUGGGAUGUGCUGUGAUAUGCAGGCUGUUUUUCAACCCAUGAUCAACGAGGACCUGGAAGGAGAGGUCCAGUUUGCAUCAGCAGUGGGUCCCUUCUCUGUGCCCGUCAGAUGCACCAUAAAGAAAUGUGAUCUGGAGGUUGACAGCCAGUUUGUUGACUUUGGUUUGCAUGUGGUUGGCCAAACUAUUUCACGGACUGUCACCUUGACCAACAAGGGGGCACUGGCAACCCACUUCAGCCUGGACACCUCUACAUGUCUAAGUCCAGAAACCAGCCACUUUCAGAUGCCAUCCCAGAUCUCUGCCAACAUACGCCAGGAGAUGAACAGUCAAAACACAAAAUCUGACCACCUGAGGAGCUCUGCAUCCAUGGACACGGGAGAACUCCAACCGAAGCAAGAGAGUCAUGAGCUCUCUGAGGUCUUGCAUCAAGAGCAACCAGAGGCUUCAGCUACUGGUCCAGAACCUGUACCUGAAGCUUGUUUGUCCACAGAUGUGGAUGCCCAGAUGGACCAGAGCCACUCAGAUCCCAGUGAGAUAAGUCUUGGAAAUGUUCGAGGGGGGGAGAUUGGACCUUUUGAGAGCAUCAAACUGGAGGUGCUAUUUACUCCAACCAUUCCAGGAGAGGCCAAACUGGACUUCCACAUCAAAUUCUCAGACUUAACCACCAAACCAAUUCCCAUCCAGGUGAGGGCUAUGGCAGUAAGAGUUCCUGUAUGGGUGGUCCAGCCCAGCAUUGACCUGAAGAUCUGCAUGUUUGACCGCCUCUAUCAAGACAGUAUCAUGGUCCAAAGCAGGGCCAGCACAGCCUUGAAGCUGACCUUUGAGAUAUGCCCGGAAAUGAGGAGACACAUGGAGAUCCUACCAAAGACCGGCUUCAUCCAGGCUCAAUCAAGCUUUAACGCCCAACUGAAGUUCCUGCCCAGAUGCUCCUUAUCCAAAGACGCCAAGAAGUUUUUCGACAGAGAUACAGGAGUCCUGGAAGUUCCCUUAACAGUGCAAGUAGCAGGCCAGGUGAAGCCUGUCCAUUUCACAGUCCAAGCAGUAGUGACCUCCUCAGACCUGCAGUUUGACCGGACUGAGGUGGACUUUGGCUACUGUUCCAUUUACCAGUCGAUGAGGAGCAGCAUUCACCUUACCAACCUGUCCCUGCUGCCUCAGGACUUUGGCUUUGUGGGUGUUCCAGAGUUUAUUGAGGUCCAGCCUAAUGAUGGUUUUGGCACUCUGCUGCCACAAGAGACCCUGGAGAUCGAUUUGAUUUUCAGUGCCAACAAAGCCAAAGAGUACAGUUUCCAACUCAGAUGCAAAUCUGGAAUUAACAGAGACUUUCUUCUAUCUUGCCGAGCCGUGGGUGUCCUCCCUCCACUGGAGCUCUCCCAUUCUCUGGUACAGUUUGGGGCCACCGCAGUCGGUGACCACUCCACAGCCAUACUUUACCUGAUCAACCACCAGACCAACCAUAACCGGUCCAAACAACCGAUCCCUCCAGCGGUCAAGGACACCGUGGCUCCUGUAGCACCCAGGCUGUUCUCCUUCAGCCCACCCAUGGGUUCAGACAUCAGCAUCACUCCUUCUGCAGGUGGCCUGCUGCCUGGAGAGAGAGGUAUGGUCCAGGUGACAUUCAGACCCAGACUGUUGGAUCAAGAGAUCAAAGAGGAGGCCCUGCGUCUCCUCCAUCAAGCCAAGUUGCUCUGUAAGAAGGAGUUGGAGAUGAACAGACAUGUUGAACAGGAGACUAAAAAAGAGGUCCCAGUGGAAACCAGUAAAGGAAAGAAAUUAUCUGUGCUCCAAGACAACAGCACGGUGUCAGACGGCCCAAAGAGAGAACAACUAAGUGAAUCACCCAAUCCCGCCAACAUACAGCCGGGGUCACAGCAGUAUGAAGAGGCCAGAGCCUCUCUGCUCUACUCCUUCACCCAACGCUACAGUGAGUACACCAUUCCCUGCUUUGUGUCUGAUGGAAACCCUCCAGAGGAAGACCGACAGGCGCAGCCAGCAUGGAGUCCUUUCAAUACGCUUUACUUGAAGCUGCAGUGCCCUGCUGUACAGCCCCCUCUAGUGGUAAUAUCCAACAAUGGAUACAGUAUCAUAGACUUCCAACAGGUGGCAGUGGGAGAAAGAGUGAUCAAGAGGUUUACAGUUCAGAACAUUUCCAAGGAAUCUUUGGAUCUGAGGUCAUCAGUGCUGGAUACACACGGUGCUUUUUCCCUUCUGAACGCUCUCAGAUGUAUACGGCCUGGAGAGAAACACACUCUGCUACUGGCCUUCAGUCCUGGUCUGGAGAAAAAGUACUGUGAGACUCUGGAGGUACAAAGCCAGAGGAUGACUCUGGAGGUGACUCUGUGUGGGGAGGGUGUGGUUCCUGCUGUCACAUCCUCCCACCCUGGAGGCCUCCUUGACUUUGGCUAUGUGUUGGAGAAGGAGAGCACCUCGCAGGCCUUGAAGCUGCAGAACAGCUCAGCGAUGGCAGUGGGCUUCAGGGUGCAGCUGGCCAGCCUCUCUCCCUGUCUGCCCCAGGGUGGAGCUGACAGGGUGGCCCUCCUGCUGGGCAGCUACACAGACACUCAGGCCCAGCCUACUGUGGGAACCCAGAAUUACAGUGGACUGAGUGUGUUCAGUGUGGUGCCAGUAGAGGGCAGCAUUGCUGCUGGACAGAGCCAGGACAUUGCUGUCACCUUUCACCCUGACCACUCGUCUGUCAACUAUUCUGACAGACUCACCAUAGAGCUCAUGAAUAAGAGUAAAGUGUGUGUGAUGGAUCUGAAGGGUGCAGCUUCCUCACAUAACAUGUAUCUGUAUGGAGGAGACCCGCUGACAGUGCCCAUUGAAUCCCUCCUCCCUCCACUGAUUACCAGUCAACCUCAGCCCACAGCAGAAUCGGAGGUGAUGGAGAAGCCCGCCAUCCCUGUGCUGGUGAGCCUGCGGGCCAGCUACAGAGCAGGAGCCAUCAUACCUGCAGUGAGGGAGCUGCAGGUGGGCUGCAUCCACUCUGCACAGCCCACUAAGAAGAGUGGUGAGUUUCUCUGGGAUAACGUGGCAUCCCUGCAGCAGCAGGGCUUCAGUGUGGAGCCCAGCAAAGGCACAGUGGGCGCAGGCCACAAACGCACCAUCACUGUCACAUGGACUCCCCGCAGCGAAUACAAGCCAUAUGAGGUAGUGCAGACGUGUGUGACUGUUACCUUGAAGGGGGAUGAGACUAACGUUUACAGAGUCACCCUGAUGGCUUUGGUCUCCACCACUGCUGACUGA